AUGGCAGCUUUUCAGAAGAUGCACCCUAAUGUGAUGAGCUUCCAUCCAUUCCACCUUGCUGGACUUCCCGCUGAGGUGGUUGAGGAGAUCUACAGUGAGGGUGGUUGCGAUCCCCCUAGAUUUUCCUAUCGAAAAGAGAGCAUAAUGAGGGAUCGAUUCACGUUCCACCCUGGAGGAGCAACUGUUAUGACAGACUACGAGAAGAAUGUCGAGCUUGGUAAAAUGAGGCGUUUGGAGCAGGAGAAACAGCAACCUCAAGCACUUGAGAAACUCAGUACUACGAUGGAGAUGAAGCCCAAUGAAGAGCAAAUUGCAGUGGAAAGCAGAAAACGACGAAAAGGACAAGACAUGCAGGACUACUGGGCAUCUAAAGAGCAACAGAUUCUUGAGUUAAAGGCUAAGAGAGGACGGAAAAAACUGGGCUUCUCAGAAAAAGAUCAAGACGAAGCGUUUCGCGAACAACAACGACCAGGGAAGACGGAUCUGCACCGCAAAAUUGACAAGCGAGAAGAGCUCCAACCGGAAUCACCAGCGCGAUUCAUGGACAACCUAAUUGGAGAGAGUUCUAGGAAAAAGCGUAGAGAACAGUUUGCAUACCUUGGACAAGAUUUCCGGAGGUCACCGGAGGGAAUUUCUAAAGCACCUCAAGGAAAAAACGAUGGAAAAACUCCCAAGGGUUUUGGAGCUCGCAUGGGUCAGAGUAGAUUCUCACCAGUGAGAUUUCUGGGGCAUAUCAUUGACGCACCGUAUAAUCGAAAAUCCACUAAAGUGAUUGCAGUAGUUCCAAUGCCGAAGUUUCAUCCAGCAGUUGAGGCAAAGAAUGAGAGAGUUCUUGUGCAACAGGCUGCUCCUAUCGUUAGGACACCAGGAAAGUCUUCAUCAUCGAAGAAGCGCCGCAGGUCGCAAAAGGAUAUGAAAAAGUCUCCGUCUUCAAAUAAGCGCCACCGAAAGUUGGCGAAACCUUGA